GCUACGCGCGACAGUUUACGCGUCGCCCGAUGUAGGCUUUUUGGCAAGAAGCAACACCUUGGCUGCUCUUCGCUUUGCUUCCUAACUCUUCCCUCCGCUCAGCUGUAGUUGAACAUCUCUUGGAAACGCCACACCUCAACAAUUCAGUUAUAACUUCCAUUGGACUGAAAUCUGCCUCCGUAUCGAACAUACGUCACUCGUAAGUUCCGAUCGCGAAAGCAAGAUGGGAAGCGCUGUACGGGAUGCCAAGAUGCCUUCCAAGACCGCAAUCGUCAAAGAUGUAGACCUCAGUCAGGUCUACUCAGAGAGUGUAGCUGCAAAGAUCGUACAAGUCGCGCAAAGGGGCCUCAAACAACAGGCUCCCUUACAAUCAUAUCCGCAUACCGUACCUCAGAAUGGCCCAGACGCAGGUCGAUACGAAGAGCGAGAAGCAGAUUUCUGGACAUGCGGCUUCUUCCCAGGAUGCAUAUACGCGCUUCUCGAACGCUCGAUACGAUAUCCCCAGGCCAUUGAUGUCCCAGAAUAUGUGCGGCUACAGAUCCAAGAUCAGCUGCUAAAGUUAGGACGACACUAUGGCGUCGCUAUCAACCAGAUGUCUGGUCGGACAGAUACCCACGACAUGGGCUUCAUCGUGCAGCCCGCGUUACAGAAAGACUGGGAGUUGACCGGGAACAAAGAGAGCUUACAAUCUGUCGUUAAUGCCGCAUACGCGCUCGCGUCGCGAUACGACGAUCGGGUGAAAGCGAUUCGGAGUUGGGAUGUUGCCAUCAACGACCGUUACUCAAUAACAGAUAUGUCGACAAACUUCCUCGUCAUCAUAGAUAGCAUGUGCAAUCUUGACCUCCUCUACUUCGUCGGUCACAUCCAAAACGACCAAAAACUAAUCGACAUCGCAACCCAACACGCCGACUCCAUCAUCCACGAGAUCCUGCGACCAGACUUCUCCUCCUACCACCUCGUAAACUUCGACCCGCGGACCGGUCAGCCACAAGCCAAGAUGACGAAUCAAGGCUGGAAAGACGAUUCAACGUGGAGCCGAGGCCAAGCCUGGGCGAUAAUGGGUUUUGCGCAGACCUAUUCGUGGACAAAAGAUGUCAAGUACUUGGCGACAGCGAUUCAAUGCGCAGAGUACUUCUUGCGAAGACUGAAAGAAGGAGAGGGGAAGUGGCAUCACCCCAUGGUCCCGUGUUGGGAUUUCGACGCGCCACAGGAUAACCCCGAGGAGCCGCUACGCGAUGUUUCCGCAGGCGUGAUAACAGCGAAUGGUCUCCUUAUCAUCCACCAAGCACUCCAGUCUCUCUCUUCAAACACGACAUCGCAACUCCCCUCUAGUAGCGCCACCAAUUUCCUCGAUAUCGCGUUGCAGAUUGUAUACCAGACGCUAGACAUGUCAUAUGACUCUGAUCUAGCGUCUUUUGAAGCACCCACCAAGACCAUGGUGAACGGGAAUAGCGUUAAUGGUGGAGCGGUAACAUCGGAGCUAAAGAUCAAGGAGUCGGGCUUUGAAUGUAUACUAAGGAACAGCACGACGAAUUGGAAUGAGCAUGCGCAUAUGAAGUAUGCAGAUCAUGGGUUGGUGUAUGCGGAUUACUAUCUUUUGGAAUUUGGGAACAAGCUUUUGAGGGCGGGCUUGCUGUGAUGGGUGUUGGGGCAUUGGGACGAGUAAUUCUUGGCGAGGAAUCCACAUGGGAGUGAAGCAAAGCUGUGUUGUCUGCUUGUAGUCUUGACGUGCGUUUGCUGUAAGUGAGGAUCUGUAAAGACGGUACGGAGGAAGCUAGCAUAUGAGGAGAAUAGAACGGAGGAUAAUUGAAU